UCGCCAGGCCUCUUCCUCCUCCGCGCUUCCUCCGGGCGGCGGCAACAGCGACGCCCGGCCUCCAGCGGCAGCACCAGGAAUCGGCAGUGGGGCUUCUAGUUCUCAGGUAAUCAAGGUUUUCCUUCCUUUCUGAAAAUGGAAUAUAAUUCAGAUGACAAUUCAGAAAUCAGCGAUUCUGAGAUUGAUGAGCAUGAAGACAAAAUUUAUGCAAGAUUGAUGUCAGGAGAUUUAAAAGCUAACGAUGGUGAGAGUUACAGUUGCCCAUUCUGCAGUGGAAAGAACAAGAAAGAUUACAGUCUACAUAAUCUUGUUCAGCAUGCCUCAGGAGUAGGUGCAGCACCUAAUCGACUCGCAAAAGAUAAGGCAACCCACCGUGCCCUUGCCAAAUAUUUGAAGAAUGGCCUUUCUGAAUCCCUCGAGCCACAGCCACAACCUCUGCAAAAUAGAAAUGAGAAGUAUGCGUGGCCCUGGAUGGGUGUUGUAGCUAACGUGCCUACUGAAUGGAAGGAUGGGCGCCAGAUUGGAGAAAGUGGAAAUCGUUUGAAGGAAACACUAUCAUGCUUUUGCCCGCUGAAGGUUAUUCCUUUAUGGACUUUUAGAGGUCAUACAGGUAAUGCUAUUGUUGAGUUUGCAAGAGACUGGAAUGGUUACAGAAAUGCACUUGCAUUUGAAAAAUACUUUGAGGCAGAAGGCUGUGGGAGAAACGGCUGGAAGCAAAAACAGCAUCAAGGGCCAAAGCUUUUUGGCUGGGUUGCAAAGGCGGAAGAUCACAGCUCUCCAGGGCUGAUUGGAGACCACUUGAGGAAAAAUGCUGACUUGAAAACUAUCAAUGAAGUUGAGAAUGAAGGAACACAUAAAGACAAUAAACUUGUAGCUAAUUUAGCUAACCAAAUUGAGGUCAAGAAUCAGUAUUUACAGGAGCUUGAAUUUAGAUACAAGGAAACAGCUGUGUCACUUGAGAAGAUGAUGGCGCAAAGGCAACAACUUGUCCAGGCGUAUAAUGAAGAAAUUCGGAAGAUGCAGCAGCUAGCUCACAGACAUUCUCAAAAAAUCAUCGACGAAAACCAGAAUCUGCGUUCAGAACUAGAGUCCAAGAUAAGCGAACUUAAUGCAAGAUCCAAGCAAUUUGAUGACCUUUCUGAAAAAAGUGAUUAUGAGAGAAGGGAUCUGGAGCAGGAGAAGCAGAAGAAUGCUAGUAAAUCAAAUCAUCUUAAGUUGGCAACAGUGCAACAACAGAGAGCUAAUGAGGAUGUACUGAGGCUUGUGGACGAUCAGAGGAGAGAGAAACGCGCUGCUUUAAACAAAAUCCUGGAGUUAGAACAGCAGUUGGAGGAAAAACAGAUGCUUGAAUUAGAAAUACAACAACUGAAGGGCAAAUUGGAAGUGAUGAAGCACAUGCCAGGUCAUGAAGAUUCAGAAUCUAUGAAUAAAAUUAAUAAACUUGGUGAAGUACUGCAAGAGAGGAUGGACGAACUGGAUGCUAUGGAGUCACUUAACCAAACUCUGGUUAUUAAAGAAAGCAAAAGCAGCACUGAGUUGCAGGAAGCUCGGAAGGAGCUGGAAAAUGGCUUGCUUGAUCUUUCAGGUGGCCAAGCACAUAUAGGGAUCAAGAGAAUGGGCGAGCUUGACGUGAAAACAUUUUCAAAUGCUUGCAGAGGGAAGUUGUCGGAAGAGGAUGCAGAAGUUACUGCUGCCAUUCUUUGUUCGAAGUGGGAAGCUGAAAUUAGAAAUCCGGAAUGGCACCCUUUUAGGGUUAUCAUGGUUGGUGGGAAACACAUGGAAAUAAUUGAUGCUGAUGACGCCAAGCUUCGAGAAUUAAAAGAAGAGCAUGGCGAAGAAAUAUAUUCACUGGUGACGAAGGCACUGCGUGAAAUCAAUGAGCACAGUGCUACCACAAGGUAUCCAGUGGGAGAGCUGUGGAACUUCCGAGAGGAACGGAAGGCGUCUCUGAAGGAAGCUGUCCAGUGCGUCCUGAGGCGGUGGCGAAGCAACAAGAGGAAGCGCUGAGCCGAAUGUGGGCCGUCAUGGCCAAGCAGCAUGCCAAUGGACAAGCAGCAUGCUGUUCUAGUAGUAUUAGUGUUCUCUGGUAGAUGUGUAGAUAUGAAACAAGCAGGCGCUAGACUAUGAGGUAGCAAGCUGGCACCGUUUGGCUAUCAGACUCUCUUCUUAAGCACUGGUCUAUGAUGUGCUAUGUUGCUGAGAAUUGAGAGGACUGCUUUUGUAAGGCUCUUAAUGGAACAAGCAGAUGCAGCAGAAGGCCAAGGCUAGAGUUCAGUGUCCAUGAAAUCUGUGUGAGAAGUGGAA